AAUAAGUUGAGUCAGCAUUAUUUAGAUUUUGGACACUCGUGUGGAUAAUUUAAGUGAACUCAACUGCUUCAUCUUUUUGUGUGUACUUCCUGUGGAUGUCUGUGUGUUAAACACAGAGAGGGAGUCUGUCACAGCGAGAGCAGCCAAGUUCAGUAGCUGAUGGUAAAUAAUCUCUCGCUCAUUCUUGAAUGAGUGCAUUGAGAAAUUGCAGGGAAAAGAAUAUCAUCUUGAGAAAAACAUGAAAAACAAGAUCGCGCUGACCUGGAUUCACCUCCUGAUAACAGUUGCCGGGGCAGCUGAUCAAGGUGGAGUAUCGUUCUGGAAAGAAAGCUUCACGAUGAAAUGUCCACAAGAUGGGAAAUGGUUCCAUGGAAAAAGUGAAGUGGGGCCCAAAAGCAGCUCCCACACUGUUUAUUACGAUGGAAAUACCAAAGGCCUUUAUCAUUGUGAAUACGGUCUCCAAAUGCCUACCGUAAAAUACUAUUUCUACGUUGAAGGAAACGGCUGCUCACAUUGUUUUGAGAUGGAUGGAGUCCUGUUGGGGCUGGCUAUUGUUGCAGAUGUGAGUGUAACAGCAACAGUGAUGAUCCUGAUCUACCGUUGCGCCAAGAAGAGAAAUGCCGCACAGGCAAAUGAAGGUCCAAUGCCACCCUCACCUGACUAUGAGCCCCUCAACAUACAUGGCCAGGAUGCAUACUCCUUCCUAAACAACACCAAAACAAGAUGAGGGUGGGAAGUUGAAACAUUUCACCGGCAAAGACAAACAACUGCAAAUGACGGACGGAAGACUGGGAAACUUUUUUUUUUUUCCAGUUUCCUCGUAUGCUGGCAAUGUGGAAAUGUCAAGAAUAGUUAUUCUGACAGUUUAUUGGCAAUAAUACAUUAACAGACAUCAAACAAACUAAGAUCGCGGCACGACUUCUUUGCUCAAUAAUUUAGUAUACUGUAUUUACAGUUGAUAUUUAGUAUGAAACACAUUGUGGUGAAAGUGAACUAUUAUGCCACUUCUCAUGCAACGAUGUAUUAGAUUAUACACAUCACAAAUAUGGCUAAGAUACUGUUUUUAUAAACGCUCCCAUUUGGUUGGAUUUUAAAAUGUUUACUAUUAAGUAAUUGUAAUCUAAAUAAUCAAUUAUACGUUAGGUCAGGAAAAAACACAGAGGCUAUUUAAUCCCUACAAGCCUGUUUCGCAGGUUUUUAUGCUCUUCAGGUGGAAUAAAAAUAAAAUCCCCUGAAGAGCAGAGAAACCUGCGAAACGGGCUUUUUCCUGACCUAACGUAUAUUCCGCUCUAUAACGGAUAAACCACAGAAACCUUGACUUUAAAUAAUCAAUUAUAUAAUCAAACAACUAUGUAAAUAAAGAUAAUACAACUGCCUGUUAAAUGCUGAGCAUAUAGGGCAGCUCACUGUGUUACGGCGGGGUUGCAGCUUGCUGAGAGUUUUGUCCCCCCGGGAUGCAAACGGACGACUCCGGACGAAAGCGUGCAGGUCGGAGAAAAUUUAAUUGUCAUAAAGCAUAGCAAAACAGAAAAGCAAAAAAGGAUGCGUGCUGAUCACACGCGGAAUCUAAGGCAAAAAACUUAGCACAGGAAAAAUAGAAACAAGAACUAGGAAUAUCUAAACCUAACAGUUGCAUGAAGCCAGAUUGAGCGGGGCGAGAAAGGUCAAUAAAUAGCUCUCUGAUUAGUGGUAGACUGCAGCUGAGCGUUCCGACCAUUAACCAGAGGCAGGUGAACCGAAUUAAUCCCCAUAGAAACCAAAACUAACCCAGAGGUGCACAAAAGGAGGAGUCCAAAAAUAACAGAACAUAACAAAAACAUGAUCUGGGCCACGGAUCAUGACACACUGAAAGCAGGUAAAAUGUUCUUACCUGGAAUAAAAGUGUAAAAAGAAGUUAAAUGCUACAUAUAAAAAAAGGGGGGGGACUCAUCCAAAACUUUAAAUAAUACACUGACAAAAAAAAUGUAUAUGAGCUUAUAGUUAAGGUUACAGCUAAGGUAAAACGUGUAGUAAGAGAUAAAAAAAAUAAAAAAAAAGUAGGCUAUCUCGUUAGUCAAAUGUUUUUAACCUGAAUUUCAGGUCAUUUUUGCAGUUUGCAUAUGAAGGGAGAGUCUAUCAUACCCAUCAACCCUUCUCUACAUGAACUGAACUGGAAAUUCCGUGACCAAAAAAAUAGAAACCUAGAAGAGAACGGGUAAUGCCGGAAACCCUGACCUUUAAAGCUGGCCAAGGAACACCCGGGUAACACAUCCUGUCGAGUAAAGUCAGGCCUUCAUAACAGCAACACAGUAGGAAGUCCACCAGCCGGUGAAAAAAAAAAAAGACUUUUCUACUUUUUUUCUAGAAAACGUCCCUAAUUUUCAAACGCAAAUACCAUUUUUUUAAUUGUUUUUUUAAUUAUUAUUUUAGCAACGUGUGGUUGCUUUAGUCAUAAUUUGCUAAGCAAUCAACAGGCAUUUCCCAUAUUUGAUUAUGACUCUGUCACACGUUUCUUCUUUGGAAAUUUUUGCAUAACAAAAAAGAUAACCAAGAAGCAAAACAAAUCAUUAUUCGGGUCGACAAUCACUGAGUGGAAGACUCACAAAAUUGAUUGGGAUUGUAGAGUCGUGUUGUACAGUCCAAAAAUAUGUUAAAAAAGUUCUACUGUGUUAUGUGAAAUUCAUUUAAAAUGUUAUGUUUUAUGGAUGGUCAAAUGGGACAAAUGAAAUUAAUACAUAUGUCUUUAAUUUAAGUGUGUGAAUCAGUGUGUGAAUGGAUGAAUGUGGAAAUAGUGUCAAAGCGCUUUAAGUUCCUUAAAAAGGUAGAAAAGCGCUAUACAAGUAUAAUCCAUUUACCAUUUAAAUAACCACUUGAAGGUGUCCUUAAUUAAAAUAUGAAUUAAAUAGAUAAAUGGGUUUGAAAAAAAGGUGUCAAUGAUUAAUUUAAUGUUCAAUCAUUAGAUAUUUAAUUAUUGAAUUAUUAAUGAUGCAAUUAUCCAUCCAUCCAUCCAUCUUCAUCCGCUUAUCCGAGGUUGGGUCGCGGGGGCAGCAGCCUAAGCAGGGAAGCCCAGACUUUCCUCUCCCCAGCCACUUUGUCCAGCUCUUCCCUAAAACAUUUUAAUUAUUAAAUAAUUGCAUAAAAAAUAAAUGAUGCAAUUUUUUAAUGAUUGAUUUAUUUUCAAUUAUUUAGUUCCAUAAUUAUGUCAUGAUUUUGAGUGCUUCAUGAAUUUAUUUCAUCCAUCAAACUAACCCAUCAAAGUCCUGAGUUGGAAUAGGUAAAAUAUUUGAAAUAGUUGAAUAAAUCAUGAAACAAUUCUUUAAAUCAUAAAAUAACUAACAUAAAUCAUGUAAUAAUUCAUUAAAUUAUCAAACAAUCAUUCAAAUUCUUAGUUAAAUAUUAAAAUAAUUAAUUAAAUUGUGUAUAAUUCCAAUUGUAAAUAAUUAGACUUUUAGGUAAUUAUUUAUUUAUCUUGUUUUGUAUCAUUUGACCCUCCAUAAUAUUUGCCAUCAUUUAAUAAGUUAUAACACAUUUGAUGUUUUUUUUUUAGCAUUGGCAAAAAAAUGUUUGCUUUUUUAAAAAAUUAUGCAACAUCUCAACUCAUGGUAUUAUACUUAUAAAUUAAAAUGCUUUAAUAAAACUGUUUUCUCAUGUACUGUAAACACCUAUGUAACAUUUCUUUGCUAUCAUUCACUUUCUUUGUACCAUAACUUUAUUAAGUUCUCAUUUUACUUACCGUUAGCGAAGUUAAUAAUGGAAAAUACCUGUGUUACUGAUUUUGUGGGGGGGAAAAAGUAACAAUUUGGUUGAGAACUGUUUUAUAUGUACAAUAAUGCAAUAGAGGAUGUGAAUCAUUUAUUUUUGGAAUGCGAUGCUGUACAUUUGUUUUGGAAAAAUAAAAGGUAUAGAAA